AUGGCGCCCACAAUCGAGGAGCUCGACGCUACAGUCCGCGCCUUCUACGAGGGCCGUGGCGAUCAGGUUCAGUUCAAAGAGGAUCCCGAUGCUUGGUUAAUGGUCGACAAGAUCCUUUCGGAUGCGCAGUACCCGCAGACCAAGUGUAGGUUUCAUGCUCGCACGGGGCUCUCCUCCCCCUCUCGCUCGGUGGCCGCAUCGCUGACAUUACGGACAGACUUGGGUCUCCAGGUUCUUGACCAUGUUAUCAUGACGAAAUGGAAAGUUCUUCCCAGGGAGCAAUGUCAAGGUAUCCGCAACUUUAUUGUCCAGUUCAUCCUCCAGUGCUCUAGCACUGAAGAGUCGUUGCGGUCUCAGAAGACGUUGCUCAACAAGCUCAACCUGGUCCUCAUCUCGGUCCUGAAGCAAGAAUGGCCCCACAACUGGCCGACCUUUAUCAACGAAAUCAUCUCCUCAUGCCACUCGAACCUGUCAAUUUGCGAGAACAACAUGAUCAUCCUGCGUCUGCUAUCCGAGGAGGUCUUUGACUACUCUGCCGAGCAGAUGACGUCCACCAAGACGCGCAACCUCAAGCAGACUAUGUGUGCCGAGUUCUCUCAGAUUUUCCAGCUCUGUCAGGAGGUCCUCAACACGGCCAACCAGGUCAGCCUCGUCAAGGCCACCCUCGAGACCCUGCUCCGAUUCUGCAACUGGAUCCCCCUCGGCUACAUCUUCGAGACGCCCCUCAUCGAGACCCUGCGUACCCGAUUCCUGCCCACCCCCGAGUUCCGCAACGUGACUCUGCAGUGCCUCACCGAGAUUGGCAGCCUGCAGACCGGUGGCCCGGGCCAGCCAAACUCGUAUGACGAGCAGCUCGUCAAGAUGUUCACCGAAGUCCUCAGCACCAUUGCCGACAUCAUCCCCGUUUCACUCGAUCUCAAGUCGACCUACCCCAGCAGCAACUCGAGGGAUCAGGAAUUCAUCCAGAACCUGGCCCUGUUUCUCUGUAACUUUUUCGGCAUGCACCUUAAUCUCAUCGAGAACCUCCCCAACAGGGAUUACCUGCUGCACGGCCAUUACUACCUGAUCCGGAUAUCCCAGAUCGACGACCGCGAAAUAUUCAAGAUCUGCCUCGACUACUGGCUCAAGAUGGUUCAGGAGCUCUACGAUGAGAUGCAGUCGCUGCCCAUCACCGACGCGAACCCGCUCCUCGCCGUUGGCGGUGCCGGCGGCCUCAGCGGAAGCGGUGCGCCCAACCCUAGCGUGCUGAUGAACUACCCGCUCCGAAAGCACAAGUACAACGAGAUUCUCUCCAACCUCCGAGUGGUCAUGAUUGAGAAGAUGGUGCGACCCGAAGAGGUGCUCAUUGUCGAGAACGACGAGGGAGAGAUUGUCCGCGAGUUUGUCAAGGAGAGCGACACGGUCCAGCUGUACAAGACCAUUCGCGAGUGCCUGGUCUACCUCACGCAUCUCGAUGUCAACGACACCGAAACGAUCAUGACGGAGAAGCUGGCGCGCCAGGUGGACGGGUCCGAGUGGUCGUGGCACAACUGCAAUGUCCUCUGCUGGGCCAUCGGCUCCAUCUCACUGGCCAUGAAUGAGGAGACGGAGAAGAGGUUCCUCGUGACCGUCAUCAAGGACCUCCUCGGCCUCACCGAGAUGAAGCGCGGAAAGGACAACAAGGCUGUUGUUGCCAGCAACAUCAUGUACAUCGUCGGACAGUACCCCCGCUUCCUCAAGGCGCACUGGAAGUUCCUCAAGACGGUCGUCAACAAGCUCUUCGAGUUCAUGCACGAGUCGCACGAGGGUGUGCAGGACAUGGCUUGCGACACUUUCAUCAAGAUUGCCCGUCAGUGCCGUCGUCACUUUGUGGCGCUCCAGAACAGCGAGCAGGAGCCCUUCAUCGAGGAGAUUGUGAGGAACAUGGGUAAGAUUACAUGCGAUCUCACGCCGCAGCAGGUCCACACCUUCUACGAGGCCUGCGGCUACAUGGUGGCGGCUCAGGGCAACCAGCACCAGCAGGAGCGGCUGCUGGCCGACCUCAUGAACAUUCCCAACACGGCCUGGGACGAGAUCAUCAAGCAGGCCACGUCGAACCCGUCGAUUCUUCAGGAUUCGGAGACGAUCAAGGUCAUCGGCAACAUCAUGAAGACCAACGUGUCGGCCUGCUCGUCGGUCGGGUCAUACUUCUACCCCCAGAUCGGUCGCAUCUACCACGACAUGCUCGAGAUGUACCGCGUCACCAGCGGGCUCAUCUCAGAGGCUGUGGUGCGCGACGGCGACCUGGCUCCCAAGAUGCCCAAGGUCCGCGGGCUCCGGACCAUCAAGAAGGAGAUUCUCAAGCUGAUUGAGACGUACAUGGACAAAGCCGAGGAUCUCCAGGCCGUCGGCAACCAGAUGGUGCCGCCUCUACUCGAGACUGUCCUCGUCGACUACAACCGCAACGUGCCCGGUGCCCGUGAUGCCGAGGUCCUCAAGGCGAUGUCGACCAUCAUCACCAAGCUCGGACCCCUCAUGGAGGAACAAGUCCCCCUCAUCAUGCAGAACGUGUUCGAGUGCACGCUCGACAUGAUCAACAAGGAUUUCUCCGAGUUCCCCGAGCACCGCGUCGAGUUCUUCAACCUCUUGCGUGCCAUCAACCUGCACUGCUUCCCGGCCCUCCUGAAGCUCGACAACCACCAGUUCAAGUUCGUCAUCGACUCGUGCUCGUGGGCUUUCAAGCACGACAACCGCGACGUCGAGGCGGCUGGUCUCAACAUGUGCCUGGAGCUCAUCAACAACAUUGCAGACAAGACGGACACGGCGACGGCCAACGCCUUCUUCCAGCGCUUCUUCGCCAACAUCCUGCAGGACGUCUUCUAUGUGGUGACUGACCCUGACCACAAGGCUGGCUUCAAGACGCAGUCCAUGGUGCUGAUGAAGCUCUUCUACUUUGUCUUCCCGGCCGACGGCACGGCACCCAAGAUCCAGGGCCCCAUCUACACGCCCGAGCAGGCAGCUGUCGGCACCGGAAACCGGGAAUUCCUGGGAAACUUUGUGGCCACCCUGCUCCAGGGAGCAUUCCCCAACCUACAGACUGCACAGAUUGCCAGCUUUGUCGAGGGCCUGUUCACGCUCAACACACAGUACGACAAGUUCCGGCUCAACCUGCGAGACUUCCUGAUCUCCCUCAAGGAGUUCGCGGGCGACAAUGCCGAGCUCUUCUCCGUCGAGAAGGAGCAGGCUGACCGUGACACCAAGGCGGCGGACAUGGAGAGGAGGCAAAAGGUCGGAGGUCUGCUCAAGCCAUCCGAGAUUGACGAUGAGGAGCUGUGA